AUCUUUCUUCACCAACUUCUCUCUCUGAAUCACUUUCUCCAUUUAUAGAAGUGGUUUAUCAGGCAAUUAAACUGAUAAACAAAACCACCAUUGUGAAUUGAACAUAUCCCAUUUGGGGUCUUCUUUCAAAUUGAACUUCAAUGGCGAAAUUCAUCCAAGCUGCUCUGUUUCUGCUUACGGUUGUUGUACCUUUGGCUUUAGCAGGUGGACAUGACUAUGGUCAAGCACUCUCCAAGAGCAUUCUCUUCUUUGAAGCUCAGCGAUCCGGUUACCUUCCCGGUAAUCAAAGAGUUAAUUGGAGAGGAAACUCCGGUCUACUAGACGGCAAAGCCAGUGGGGUGGAUCUUGUUGGAGGAUACUACGACGCAGGGGACAAUGUGAAGUUCGGUCUUCCAAUGGCGUUCACAGUUACCAUGAUGUCCUGGAGCAUUUUAGAAUACGGUUCGCAAAUGAGCGGCGAGCUUGGUCACGCCAUGGAUGCGGUUAAAUGGGGAACUGAUUAUCUCAUCAAAGCUCAUCCUGAACCUCGUGUGCUAUACGGAGAAGUUGGAGAUGGAAACACGGAUCAUUAUUGCUGGCAAAGGCCAGAGGACAUGACCACUUCGCGCAGUGCUUAUAGAAUUGAUGUGAAUAAUCCGGGAUCUGACCUCGCUGGUGAAACCGCGGCCGCUAUGGCCGCGGCUUCCAUCGUGUUUCACAGGUCGAACCCCGCGUAUUCGAGGGAAUUACUCACUCAUGCCCACCAGCUCUUCGACUUUGCCGACAAGUACAGGGGCAAAUAUGACAGUAGCAUCUCCGUGGCACAGAAAUACUAUAGAUCUGUCAGUGGAUACGCCGAUGAGUUACUUUGGGCUGCUGCUUGGUUGUACAAGGCAACCAACGAGCCGUAUUACUUGAAUUACUUGGGGGAAAAUGGCGAUGCACUUGGUGGGACCGGCUGGGCCAUGACGGAGUUCGGGUGGGAUGUUAAGUAUGCCGGUGUUCAGACCCUUGUCGCUAUGUUUUUGAUGGGAGGGAAAGCUGGUGGUCACUCGCAAGUGUUUGGAAAAUACCAAGAAAAGGCGGAGAAGUUCAUGUGUUCGUGUAUGGGGAAGGCUAACCAGAAUGUUCAAAAGACUCCCGGAGGUCUAAUUUUUCGGCAACGAUGGAACAACUUACAGUUUGUCACAAGUGCCUCUUUCCUCCUCACUGUCUACUCCGACCACUUAACUUCUGCCCGAAAAGACUUACAAUGUGCUUCCGGCAGUGUUGCCCCCUCGGAGCUUCUAGCAUUUGCCAAGUCACAGGUGGACUAUAUCCUUGGAGACAACCCAAGAGCAACAAGCUACAUGGUUGGAUAUGGAAGCCACUUCCCACAACAAGUUCACCACCGCGGUUCCUCCAUUGUGUCAAUUAAAGUUGACCCAUCGUUCGUUAGCUGUAGAGGUGGUUAUGCUACAUGGUUUAGCCGAAAAGCAAGUGACCCAAAUCUUUUAACCGGUGCCAUUGUUGGCGGUCCUGAUGCCUAUGAUAACUUUGCUGAUCAAAGGGACAAUUAUGAGCAGACUGAGCCUGCUACAUAUAACAAUGCACCCCUUCUUGGAGUCUUGGCUAGGCUAAAUGGUGGUCAUGCUGCCUAUAGCCAGCUCCUUCCAGUUGAAGUUCCUCUUCAUAAACCCAUUGCUGCUCAACCAAAGCCUGUAUCUACAUCUACAGCUCCAGUUGAAAUCAAUCAAAAGGAAACUGCCUCAUGGGUAUCCAAUGGAAAAACAUACUACAGAUAUUCAGCUAUUGUUACUAACAAAUCAGGCAAGACCAUCAAGAACUUCAAUCUAACCGUUUCCAAGCUCUACGGUCCAGUCUGGGGUCUCACGAAGACCGCAGGCGGUUCCUAUGGGCUCCCAAAAUGGGUCAACUCAUUGCCCGCUGACAAAAGCAUAGAGUUUGUGUACAUCCAUAGUGCUCCUAUUGCAGACGUCUCAGUUUCCAGCUACACAUUGGCCUAAGGCUCAACAUUAAGCUAAAAGAGACGGAUAAACGCAUGCAAACACGCUACAAUUAUAUGUGGUUUGUGAGAGUUGUGGAAUUAUAUAAAAAGCUAAAGCUAGUGAAGGGAAGUCAUUGUAAUUAGAUGCGUUUUCAGGUUUUUUUUUCUUUAAGUUCAAAUAAGGUCUGAAGAAUAGAGGAAGAAAGGAGUGAAGAGAGUUUAUUACUACAAGUGCUCAUCCUCUUUCACCUCCUCCUUCAUUAGGUCUUUUACUCUUUUUUUUUUUUUUUUUUUUGUUCUUUCUAGAUAUGGAAAGAGUGGUACUAUGGGUGAGAGUGAGUAAACAAGAAAUUAUAUAUACUUCUCAACAAGGUAAAAAGAGAGAUCAGAUUUGUGUAUUUUUCUUUUGUUUUUGUGUUUUGUUUUGUUGUAUUUUACUUCAAAAUAGGUUUGAAGUUGUCUGUUUCUUUGUCUUAUGCUGUUGUAAAUUUGACAGCAUCCUUUAAAUAUGCAAUAUGAAUAUAGAUUGUGCAA